AUGUUUCUCUUUCUCUAUCUUUCAUUCUUUCCCUCUCUCAUGCUUCCUUUCAUUCUAUCUCUUUCUUUUUCUUUCUUUCCUUCUUUUUUGUCUCUCUCUUUCUUUCGUUCUUUCUUUCUCUCUCUUUCAUUCUUUCUCUUCCUUUCUUUCUCUCUCUUUCCUUUUCUCUCUUUCCUUUUCUCUCUUUCUCUCUCUCUCUCUCCCUCUCUCUCUCUCUAUCUGCUUUUUAUAGCUACCCCCCCUUCAAUUUAUUUCCUUCCUUUCACCCUUACUCUCUUCCUUCCUUCCUUCCUUCCUUCUUUCCUUCCUUCUUUCUUCCAUCCUUCCUUCCUUCCUUUCCUUCCUUUUCUUCCUUCCUUUACUUCCUUCCUUCUAUCCUUUCCUUCUUUCCUUCCUUCCUCCCUUCCUUUCCUUCCUUCCUUUCCUUCCUUCCUUUCCUUCCUUCCUUUACUUCUUUCCUUCCUUCUUUCCUUUCUCCCUUUCCUUCCUUCCGUCCUUUCCUUCUUUCCUUCAUUCCUUUCCUUUCCUUCUUUCCUUCAUUCCUUUCCUUUCCUUCCUUCCUUCCUUCCUUCCUUCCUUCCUUCCUUCCUUCCAUCCUUUCUUUCCUUUACUUCCUUUCCGUCCUUCCUUCCAUCCUUUCCUUCCUUCUUUCCUUUACUUCCUUCCUUUCCUUCCUUUCCUUCCUUUCCUUCCUUCCUUUACUUCCUUCUAUCCUUUUCUUCUUUCCUUUCCUUUCUUCCUUCUUUUCCUUUCUUCCUUCUUUCUUCCUGUCUUCCUUCCUUCCUUCCUUCCUUCCUUUCCUUUCUUCCUUCCUUCGUUUGUUCCUUCCUUUCUUUCUUUCCUUCCUUCCUUCCUUCCUUCCUUCCUUUCUUUCUUUCCUUCCUUUCUUUCCUUCCUUUCCUUCCUUCCUUUCCGUCCUUUUUCCUUCCAUCCUUUCCUUCCUUUUCUUUCCUUCCUUCCUUCCUUCCUUCCUUUCCGUCCUUCCUUUCCUUUCCUUCUUUCCUUCCAACUUGGCUUCUUUCUUUCAUUAACUACUUUUUCGUUAUUUCCUUCCUGGCUUCUUUCUUUCUUUCUUUCUUUCUUUCUUUCUUUCUUUCUUUCUUCCUACCUACCUACCUACCUAUACUAACUCUUACGUCUUUUUCUUUCUUUAACUUUUUCUGCUUCUUAUACUUAACCCCGUUUUCUUUCUUUCUUUCUUUCUUUCUUUCUUUCUUUCUUUCUUUCUUUCUUUCUUUAUUCCAUGUUUAUGCGUGUCAAAUACAUCCACUUCUUUUACUUCUCUUUUUAUUCAAUAAUAUUCUUUUUCUCUCUACUUUUCCUUCUUUCCUUCUUAUUUUCUCUCAUCUCAAACGAGCCUUUUAG